AUGAGCAGUGAGGAUGAAGACGAUAAGUUUCUAUACAGCGAUGAGGAGGAUUCUAACGUAGUCGCAAAGCAAGAGGGUCCUGCAUUGAAAAGACAAAAGGUCGAAGAAACACCCAAGAUACUAGCUCAUGAUGUACCGGAAGGUAAUACGAAUGAGGUAGAGAGUGAGGCCUCCAAUCAGGAUAGUUCAUCAGAUGAGGAUGACAGCAGUGACUCAGAUUCAGAUGUUGAGAUUAUCAUCGGAACUGGUAACGAUACCUCUAAGAUAGAUUCUGGUAAGUCCCAGAUAUCUGCUAUAACAGACACAACGCCUCUUGGUACAGCGGAUCAUGCUAUUGCAGCAGUGGCUGGUAUAUCGGACGUGGUUCCUGUACAGGAGGGUUCAAUACCACCUGAACAGCAGCAGCAGCAACAACAAACUAUUGAUUUGAACCCGGAUGCACAAUUCGAUGGGAAACCUAUAGUACAGAUCGAUCCAGAAAUUCUAAAGGAGAAGCCCUGGAGACAACCAGGAGCGAAUAUUUCAGAUUAUUUCAAUUAUGGAUUUAAUGAACAGACUUGGAUGGAAUAUUUACAUAGACAAGAACAUUUGACGAAAGAAUACAACCCACAAAAGAUUUUGAUGAACCUCCUAGCUUUACAGCAGCAAGGAAAGUUAAAUGAUCCAGGUUCAGGACAACCUGUACAGAAUACAAUCCAACCUCCUCCUCCGCCUAUGGGACUUCCCCCCAUGUUUGGUGGUUUCCCAGGAUUUCCAUUUCCGGGUAUGAUGAAUAACAUGCAAAAUCAAAAUGUAUCAAGCAUGAACAACAUGAACAACAUGAACAACAUGAACAACAUGAACAACAUUAACAACAACAACAAUAAUAAUCUCAACGACAAGAAAUGA